UGCGAUGACUAGAGGCGGCGAGUUACCGCGCGGCGGCGCGAAAGCCUCUUUACGUUAUUGAACAUACCCUGGCAGAUUAGCUAGUCACACAGUGGAACUCUGACCAAAACAAACUUAACGCUAGAGGGAUAAGUAUUUGGCUUAGACGUCUGAUUUUCAAUUUUUCUUUUUUCAAAUGUCGACGCGAUUAAACAAGAGGUGUGAGGACACAUAAUAUAUUAGGUGGCUUGGAGAAUAACAGGGCGUGUAGUAGCUUCAGCUAGAAUGCUCACUGUAAGCUAACAGAAGCCGUUAGCUGACGUUAAAGGUAACGGUAUGACAGGCAACCAAAUAGCUGCUGGGAGUAAAAGCAGUUGCCUACCCUAUCAGCCCACCAACUUUAAACUGGCUUUUCAACUAGUUAGUUAGCUAGCUAGGUAGCUAGUUAGAGUAAACAGAUACUCUAAUAACUCGUUUUCUUCGUUGCCUUUUACUGCCUGAACUAACAACUCCAGUAUGGGGAUGUGCUUACCGUGCCUUGGUGGAGCAGCGGACGACGUUGUUGUCACUCCAGAUCCAGACACAAGGAGACGACAGUUAGCUGAGGCCGCUGAGAAGAGACAAAAAGAGACAACAUACAGAGGUGUUAAAAAUCCAGAAGCUGUCGAGAGGAAAAAGAAAAAACAGGAAGAGAUUGAAAAACAGGCGAUGACAACCUCUGUUUCUGGUGGUGGGGGCGGCGGGUUGAAGUGGCAAGUUGGCUGAAGAUGAAGUUUUGACUCUGAAGUCCAAAACAACAUGAAGUAGAUGACAAGAUAACUUGAAAGAUGUUUGAACUGCUGUUCAGUUUUUGAAAUUUUUGAGUGUGCCUAUUUUAUGAUGUUCUGAGACAAACGGCUACAGUUGUCAUGGUUUCUGACAGAACAGCUGGACAUGGACAGACACAGACAUGCAAGCAAAUACAGAUGCUACUGUAGUAGUUUUCUUUGACAAUUGAUAAUAAAGCCUUACAGUGAACAGCAUUAGAUAACACAAAAGAUAAUGAUUAUAAAGUCCAGCAGUAUCUCUGGUGACUAUUGUCAUAUUAAGACAAAUCUGUCCUCCAACGCGUUUCAGCUUUUUCACUACAGUGCUUUUGGUUUUCAUUGUGGAGAAUCUGUAAAUACACAUUGAUCACAUUACUUUUUGUAUGACUUCUCCAAAAAUCUGUUAUGCAAAUGACAAAUUUCACAAGUAAAACUGAGUUUAUGUUUACAUACAGUUAAGUGUGCUUUUUGUAGGAUUAGUAUACAGUCAAAAAGCACCCUUUUAACACACAUUUUACCUUAUUUGGGGCUCUAUUUGUUGGCAAGACUCAUGCAAACAGUGCUAUAACUUGUUGAUUUGUAAACUAAACUUGUGAUGUGCUUUGCCUGUCCCUGGGCUGUUUACAUGACCAGUGCAGUGCAUAUGUCACAUGGGAGUCCCUUGUUGAGGAAGGCAAUGUCAGGUAUUGUGUUUUUGACAUUGUGCAGAGAGAAUUUUGACAACAAAGUCUGUACUUGGUGUAACGUCAUAUAGUCACUAAAUUGGUGUUUCAGCACAGAUACUACAGACAGGACAAAAUAUGCAGCAGCUGCAGAUUGCUGCUGAUAAAUAUAUGACAACACUAAAACAUUCUCCAACCUGUAAAAAUGAAAAGGAUGUUCACUAAGAAACAUUAAUGACUUUGAACUAGGCCUAUUGCAAUAGUCUUUGCCAUUACUCUUUUUAAAAAAGCCCCUUUUUUUCAGCACAAUUUGAGUUUGUUCCAUUGAAUUAUAAUGUAUGCAAAACACUGAUGUGAUGCCUGCUUAAUUUAAUAUUUGUAAAAUUUGUUUGUGAAUUCCCGUAUUAUAAACAGAAGCUUUUGAUAGACAUCUCUUUGCACAGCUUUUCAACAUUUGGUAAACAGCCAACAUGCUCGCUCAUGAGAGAUUCAUGUCAACUAAAAUGGAAAUAGGAAAAAAACUGAAGGAAUAGAACAAGUGAAGUGUACUGAAUGCAGUGAAGUAUUUACUUUGACUUGCUUAACUGAGGGCAUUUUAAGCCUUCACUUGAUGCUCUCUGCAUUUUGUAGAACAGGAAAUUUGCCAAUGUUAUUUGCUACAAUAAAUCACAUUUCUGC